AUGGCGUUUGUGUUAAAAAGUGCCAGUGGGAUAUUUUUGCGUUUGAACGGCGGCUCGCGAAUAAUUCAGAGCCAUGUAAAUAUAUCACGGAUAUGCAGUGUUAAGUUCUCUAUCAAAGCAAAUAUUCCACAAGCGGAAGAGGAAAGUGAAAAAGACAGUAGAAAAGCACCAGUGGGAGAUGGCAAAGUAUUCAAAAAUAUAGAAGAAGUUGUUUCUGACAUACCUAAUGGAGCCAAACUGUUGGUUGGUGGAUUUGGUCUCUGUGGCAUCCCAGAGAAUUUGAUAGCAGGUAUACUAAAUAAGGGCUCCACAAAUUUAACAGUGGUCUCAAACAAUGCUGGAGUAGAGGACUUUGGACUAGGCAUACUGUUGAAGGCACAUCGAAUCAAAAGGAUGAUUGCAUCCUAUGUUGGUGAAAAUCCAGAAUUCGAAAGGCAAUAUCUCAGCGGACAAGUAGAGGUUGAAUUAACGCCACAGGGCACUUUAGCGGAGCGCAUUAGAGCAGGAGGCUCCGGUAUUCCAGCGUUCUACACCCCCACAGCUUACGGCACUAUCGUGCAAGAAGGCAACGUGAUCGUCAAGUACGACAAGGACGGUAAUGCGGAAAUAUCGGGCGAACCGAGAAGCGUGAGCCAAUUCAAUGGACGGAACUACGUGCUGGAAAAUGCCAUCACCGGCGACUUCGCACUCGUGAAAGCGUGGAAGGCCGACAAAGCAGGCAAUCUAAUCUUCCGAAAAUCCGCCAGGAACUUCAAUCCGGUGAUGUGCAAGGCGGCUAAGGUGUCAAUCGUCGAGGUAGAGGAGAUCGUGGAAAUCGGCCAGUUAGAUCCUGAUCAGAUUCACUUGCCUGGCAUUUUUGUAGACAGGAUUGUAAAAGGCUCUUUCGAGAAGCGUAUCGAGAGACUUUCAACCAAACAAAGCGUGAGGCCAAAGAAGGUGACUCCUGCUAGCAAAGCGAGGGAUAGAAUCAUUAGGCGCGCUGCACUCGAAUUUAAGGAUGGAAUGUACGCAAACUUGGGAAUUGGCAUACCCGUGCUUGCUAGUAACUACAUCCCGAAGGGUGUGAAAGUCACAUUGCAGUCGGAGAAUGGUAUUCUCGGGUUAGGCCCGUUCCCGGACGAAAGCGAAGUCGACGCCGACCUUAUCAACGCUGGCAAAGAAACCGUCACUGUUGUACCCGGUGCUUCUUUCUUCGGUAGUGAGGACAGCUUCGGCAUGAUUAGGGGAGGACACGUCGACCUGACUAUCCUCGGUGGCAUGCAAGUGUCGGAGGUCGGAGAUUUAGCCAACUGGAUGAUACCCGGCACGAUGGUUAAAGGAAUGGGUGGUGCUAUGGACCUCGUUUCUGCGCCAGGUACGAAGGUGAUUGUGACUAUGGAGCACAAAGCCCGAGACGGAAGUCCGAAGAUCCUGAAAAACUGCACCUUGCCUAUCACAGGUCAACAAUGUGUAGACUUGAUUAUCACAGAUCUGGGGGUAUUCGAAGUAGUGAAAGGAGAAGGUCUCAAGCUUAUCGAGAUCGCCGCCAAUGUCGACAUCAGCGAGGUCGUUAGUUCGACGGGUUGCGAAUUUGCUGUCGCCGAUGAUCUGAAGGAGAUGGGACAAGUGGAGGCCGAUGAUUCGUAAAUUGUAAUAUAUUACACAAAUUAAGCAAUACGCACGAGAUGAAGUAAUUUAACACCUCGCUGAUUGCCUGAAAGUAAAUUGUAAUAUCUCUUAUAAAAUAUUUUUUAUUAAUUUUUUUGAUUAAAAUAUCUUUUAUACAUGGUUCUUAACCAUGAUUCCAUAAGGAAUGUUGUUGAAACUAUUUAAGUAAAUAUGUAAUAUAAAUGAGAAAGGUUUACUAAUUACGUUAAUUGCCAGCAAUUUUAAUUUGCAUAAUAUUGUCAAUAGACAUUCAUACUUUGUGCAAUAUAUUGUAACAUAAAAAUUAAACUAAACCGCCGUACACGAGAGAAGUUGGUCUAUAUAAUAGGCAUGCGUUAUUUUAAUAGCGUUGUGCACGAUGCAUAUAAAUGUGUUUUCUAAGUGUACAAAUGUUUUUACACAUGGUUGCUAAAACGUUCAGAUUUUAUGGCGUGUGUCACGAUUGCGAAAAAGUGAAAUCAUGUUAUACACGCGAUGAUUAUAAACGCUACAGUGAUGAAUGAAACGAUUUUGUAAUAUAUGCUAUAAAAUAAAACUUUUUAAUAUUUUCA